AAUGCUUUAAUGGAAACCACUUGGUACCCAAAAAGAAAUUGAGACUCUCAAAUCUCAAUCCUAAAAUACACUGACACACACAUAAAGCUUUCUCCUCUUCCUUCUUUUUUUUUCUCUGAAUUCUAAGUUUCUAACUUCAAACACUUCCCUAUUUAACUUCCCAACGCCAUUUCCAUUUUUCCCCAAUGAUCUAUUAAAUUAAAAAUAAAAAGAAUGAUUUUUUAAGAAAAAAAUAAAGAAAAAACGAAGAAAAAGAGAGACCCAAUAUAGGUUUUUGAUUGGGUCCGGAGCUGGUCCGGGCCCCCUCCGUAAUCGGCGGCGCCACCGUGUUUGCCACCGUCAAUGCCCAAUUAGGGUUUUUGUUCUUCAUUUCUUUGUUGUAAAUCGGAGGAUUUUCGUUCAAAAUUGUUUGGAAUUGUGAUGGGUUCGAAACCGUGGCUCUACCCUGCUCCUACGUAUCGGCCAUUAGAGACGUUUUGGGACACUGAUGAAGACGCGCCGGGGCCACGAUGCGGCCACACACUCACCGCCGUCGCCGCCACCAAAUCUCACGGACCAAGGCUCAUCCUUUUCGGUGGCGCCACCGCCAUCGAGGGAGGAUCUUCCUCAGCUCCCGGAAUCAGGUUAGCUGGAGUUACCAAUUCGGUUCAUUCGUAUGAUGUUCUAACGAGAAAAUGGAGUAGUCUUAAACCUGCCGGAGAGCCUCCAUCCCCUCGGGCAGCUCAUGCUGCUGCCGCCGUUGGUACUAUGGUUGUUUUUCAGGGUGGCAUAGGGCCUGCUGGGCAUUCUACUGAUGAUCUCUAUGUGCUUGACAUGACCAAUGAUAAAUUCAAAUGGCACAGAGUUGUUGUACAAGGGCAAGGACCUGGGCCUCGCUAUGGCCAUGUAAUGGAUUUGGUUGCUCAGAGAUAUCUUGUUACUGUCAGCGGAAAUGAUGGGAAAAGAGUUGUUUCUGAUGCUUGGGCUUUGGAUACGGCACAAAAACCUUACAUGUGGCAGAAACUGAACCCAGAAGGUGAUAGACCUUCUGCUAGAAUGUAUGCUACUGCUAGUGCUCGUUCAGAUGGAAUGUUUUUGCUUUGUGGUGGAAGAGACUCUUCUGGGGCGCCACUAGCAGAUGCAUAUGGACUGCUCAUGCAUAGGAACGGCCAGUGGGAAUGGACACUCGCACCUGGAGUUUCCCCUUCACCAAGGUAUCAACAUGCUGCGGUUUUUGUUGGUGCACGAUUGCACGUUACAGGAGGCGUUCUCAAAGGUGGACGGGCUGUAGAAGGUGAAGCAGCCAUUGCAGUACUCGACACAGCGGCUGGGGUUUGGUUGGAUAGAAAUGGCAUUGUGGCCUCGUCACGCCCAAACAAAGGUCAUGAUUAUGACCCUCCUUUGGAUCUUUUGCGUCGUUGUCGCCAUGCAGCAGCGGCCGUUGGUGUUCGUAUAUACAUCUAUGGUGGUCUUAGAGGAGAUUCACUACUAGAUGAUUUAUUAGUGGCAGAAAAUUCACCCUUUCAAUCUGACACUAAUUCUCCUGUGUUAACAUCUGAGAGAACUUCACCUAUUUCAAGCCCCAAAUUCGGCCAGUCUAAUGUAAAUUAUAGCGUAACAACACCAAGUUCAGAUUCUGGGCCAGAUGUUCCCUCAUCUGGUGGCUUAGGAAUGGAUAGAAACUCCAUGGAGAAACUUAGGGAAGCAUCAGCUGCAGAAGCUGAGGUAGCGAAUGCAGUCUGGCAAGCUGUGCAGGCAUCAAAUAGUCGCUGUAUGUGCUUUGGAUCUUUGUUUAUAACUCAAUUUUCCUCUCAAGACUGCAAAAUCAUAUAUAUUUCAUUACAGGUUGUAGUUGCUAAAGAGGCCGUAGGUAACCUAGGUGGAAUGGUGAGACAACUAUCGCUGGAUCAAUUUGAAAAUGAAAGCAGACGCAUGGUUCCUGUAAAUAAUGAUACUCCAUAUCCUACCAAAAAAUUCACUAGGCAGAAAUCCCCUCAGGGAUUACAUAAAAAGAUAAUUUCGAAUUUGCUUAGGCCACGCAACUGGAAAGCACCUGCAAACAGACGAUUCUUCUUGGAUUCUUAUGAAGUCGGUGAAUUAUGCUAUGCUGCCGAGCAAAUAUUUAUGCAAGAACCAACUGUUCUUCAGUUAAAAGCUCCUAUCAAAGUAUUUGGUGAUCUUCAUGGUCAGUUUGGUGAUUUGAUGCGACUAUUUGAUGAAUAUGGAUUUCCUUCAACUGCGGGAGACAUCACGUAUAUUGACUACCUGUUUUUGGGAGAUUAUGUUGAUAGAGGACAGCACAGCUUGGAAACCAUUACCUUGCUGCUUGCGCUUAAGAUUGAGUAUCCUGAGAAUGUUCACCUGAUACGUGGUAACCAUGAAGCUGCUGACAUAAAUGCACUAUUUGGUUUUCGUAUUGAGUGUAUUGAAAGGAUGGGGGAAAAUGAUGGAAUCUGGGCAUGGACGAGGUUCAAUCAACUUUUCAACUAUCUUCCACUUGCAGCUCUUAUUGAAAAGAAAAUUAUCUGUAUGCAUGGUGGCAUUGGAAGGUCUAUCAAUUCUGUAGAACAGAUAGAGAAGCUUGAAAGGCCCAUAACAAUGGAUGCAGGAUCUAUUAUUUUGAUGGACCUUCUGUGGUCCGAUCCUACAGAAAAUGAUAGCGUAGAGGGUUUGAGACCAAAUGCCAGAGGACCAGGCCUUGUCACUUUUGGGCCUGACCGUGUAACUGAGUUCUGCAAGAAAAACAAACUACAGCUAAUUAUAAGGGCUCAUGAAUGCGUGAUGGAUGGCUUUGAACGAUUUGCACAGGGACAAUUGAUUACGCUUUUUUCUGCAACUAACUAUUGUGGAACGGCAAACAAUGCUGGUGCCAUACUGGUCGUUGGCCGGGGCUUGGUAGUGGUUCCAAAAUUGAUCCACCCCCUACCGCCACCCCUUCAGUCUCCAGAGACAUCUCCUGAGCGUGUCAUGGAUGAAACAUGGAUGCAGGAACUUAAUAUUCAGAGGCCACCAACUCCAACACGUGGUCGACCACAGCCAGACCUUGACCGCGGCUCGCUAGCAUACAUAUGAUGUAUAGUUCAUGACAUGGAGUUCAGCAGAAUUUGAGGCUAGCCACCCCCUAAUGUUGGUUCUUUGUAUCCGCCAAUGUUGAAAGAACAAAGACAUAUUUUGUACUGUUUCUGAAAUAGUUGCAGCAAGUAAGGAAGUUCUUGUUUUCAGUGUACAAAUAGCUUUGAGAGAGGUUGGAGAGUUUUGUGAUAGCAAAUUAGUGAAAUGGGUGAUUUAAUUUAUCUUUUUAUGGAGGUGUUGAAUUUGUAAGGAAUGUGACAUGUAUAAAGUGGAAGAGAUGUUAGUAACUAAUCUUCUACCACCCUCAACUUAGGAUGUGACUUAGGGAGGGAAUAUAGUUGCUCAGCGUGUAUAUUGUAUCAUAAAAAAUGUCAAGGAAUAUAUAAUUCUUCUUUUAUAUAAAAUGUUUAUAACAUUUUGAUUUUGUUCAA